CGAGCAGGGCAGAGCGCGAGUCACAAUCUGCCCAAGGCGAGGGAGGGCAAGAAAAAAAAAACGCGCGAGAGGAAACCGUACGAAAGGGGGACUCGAGCGCUCCGAUCUCAGCGAGCACAAUUAGAGAAGUGUUGUUGAACGUGGGCUAUGCGCGCAACAAGGGGGGAGCGCAGUGUACAGAGGAGGUGAAUGCAUGUAGAGGCUCAGCUUCAGAUCCACAGACUCCUUCUUGAAGAGUCACUACACUGACAGAGGGAAGGAGUGAGGUGAAGAGAGGAACUCCUAGAAAACAGCAACUCUUGGAGAGAACUACGUGAGUACAGCCUCCAGUUUUCAAAACAAAAGAUAGGAUAGAGAGGGGGGAAAACGUGGAAGAGUAGACUUUUCCUGGUCAGAAUCUGCUCUAGAAGAGAAAAUGAAUGUCAGCGAAGAGAACCUGCUCAAGUCCAUCAGCAACGACGCGCUGCUCGACCUGACGCAGCGCUACGGCCAAUCAGCCUUCGGGUUUGGCGCUGGCCAUGGUGCUGGAAGUCCCGGCCGGUUCCAGCUCACACCGGCCACCGACUUCCUCUCCGGGCAGACCGCGAAGUCCAACGAGAGCGGCGGGGAGCACACGAGCGACGACGAGGACGGCUUCGACUCGCUGGAGUCCAGAAAGAGAGGCUCGUCGUUUGGAGACGACAAGCCCGGAGGGCCCCUCGGCAAGAAGUCCAAAGAGCAGCGCUCCCUGCGGCUCAGCAUCAACGCCCGGGAGAGGAGAAGGAUGCAUGAUCUGAACGACGCCCUGGACGGCCUGCGCUCUGUUAUCCCCUACGCCCACAGCCCCUCGGUGAGAAAACUCUCCAAAAUAGCCACUCUCCUCUUGGCCAAGAACUAUAUCCUCAUGCAGGCUCAGGCUCUGGAGGAGAUGAGGCGGCUGGUGGCGUAUCUGAACCAGGGACAGACCAUAACUUCACCAAUCCCCACCGCCCUGGCGCCCUUUGGACAGGCUGCUGUCUACCCAUUCUCGGGCUCUGCACUCGCCACCUGUGCCGAGAAGUGCACUACUUAUUCCGGGACACCGUCGAGUAUCUUCAAACACUGUAGCGACAAGCCUUGAUCUGGUUUCAUUCUCUUUUCCUGAACUUUUACCUUUAAUGCACCCAUGUCGGUCUCUCUCUCUCUCUCUCCCACUCUAGUUAUUUUAAAAUCAUUCUGUGGAAAAAAAACAAGUUUAGUCUGAUGCAUAAUCUUAAAGUAUGGUUAAGUAAUUAUACUGCAAUGUUUCAUCCAGAUUUAACAAACGCUACAUAGGAAAUAAACAGUUAAGGCCUUCUUAAAACGAUGAAGACUUUGUCGCUCGCAGGCACUGCAGGCCAUGUCCAAAUAAUGAGUUUAGGUACAAUUUUAGUUAUCAGCUCUUAUUUGUAAUCUAUGCAACAUUUAACAACAACGACAACAUGAAAAGUAGAAAUGCGACCUAAUCUCGAUACAGCAUCAAUGAAAGGACUUCCCUAGACUUACUGUACUAAUGCUAUGUGGGAAAAAUGUGUGAUGUUGGCUGAUAUAUUUGCUGAUUUGCCGAUGUGUUGAGAUGUUUGUUUUUUUUAAUUUUAAGUUAUUGCACAUCUCACAUGAUUGUAUUGUACAACUGUGGAAAAUCACUUGCUCCAAGCCCGGCUUUACUGACGGUUGUAGAACUACAGCCUUCACACUGAAGACGCAUUUUUGGUUGUGUUGCAAUAUGGAUUUCAUAUAUUGUUUAUAUGUCUUUAUAAUUAAAACACAUAUGUAUGCUUGGA